AUGGUCUACCCCGAGAGCCCAGAGGCCGCCUCCUACCCAACACCCGCCUACACCCCUCCCUACGACUCCAACAUCCCACUCACGGUGCUCGUAUCGUCCAGAGCCGUCAUCGUUGACACGGAGAACAACCUGGUCCUGUCUCCAGCAACGAUCACCAUAUCACCUCAGACUGGCACCAUCCUCUCCAUCCUCCCAACUAUUCUUCCGGCGUCAAGUUUCGCGGCGAACGCUGAGUAUAUCGACCACUCCCCUCACUUGUUACUUCCAGGAUUGGUCGAUGCCCAUGUCCACCUUAACGAGCCGGGGAGAACGGAAUGGGAGGGCUUCAACACGGGCACAAGGGCUGCUGCAUCGGGUGGUGUGACGACGGUCAUUGACAUGCCAUUGAAUGCCAUCCCGCCUACUACGACUAUCAACGGCUUGCACGAGAAAAUCAAGGCUGCCGAAGGACAGUGCUGGGUUGACGUUGGAUUCUAUGGUGGUAUCAUCCCUGGCAAUGCAGACCAGCUACUCCCACUCGUCGAAGCUGGCGUGCGAGGAUUCAAGGGCUUCCUGAUUGAGAGCGGAGUCGACGAAUUUCCCGCCGUAUCCUCGUCCGACGUCUCCCUCGCCAUGACCACCCUCGCUUCCCAAACCACAACCCUCAUGUUCCACGCCGAGAUGAUCCCACCCAUAACCGAAUCUGUAGGCGACGACGUGCAGACCUCUCUUCCACCACUCGCCCCCUCCGGCCCUCUCUCCUCGUACAACACAUUCCUUGACUCCCGCCCUCCAGCUUUCGAAACGUACGCCAUUGAAGAAAUCCUGUCUCUCGCCCACCUAGCCCCAAAUCUCCACCUGCACAUCGUACACUUAUCCGCGCUGGAAGGUGUACCGAUCCUCCGGGCAGCCAAGGAACGAGGCGUAAAAAUUACCGCCGAGACAUGUUUCCACUACUUGGCGCUCACGUCCGAAGAUGUCGACGACGGGGACACGCGGCACAAAUGCUGCCCCCCGAUCCGCGACUCGGCCAACCGCGACGGCCUCUGGAAGGAACUCGCCAAGCCGGACUCCGUGAUCCAGACCAUCGUCAGCGACCAUAGCCCCUGCACUCCGGAGCUGAAGCUCCUGCCCGAACGCCUAAGCCACGGUUGCGGCGCGGGAGGCCACGGGCACAAAGGCGUCAACGGCGAGGUCCUCUCUCAAGAAGAAGCCGACCAGAGAGAAAAGGGCGAUUUCUUCGCGUCCUGGGGUGGCAUCUCUUCCGUCGGUCUCGGCCUCCCCAUCCUCUGGACGGAAGCCACUGCCCGGGCCUCCUCCGCGUCCGCACCUCCUCCCAUCUCCAUCCUCGACGUGGUGAGGCUGUGCGCGGUCAACACCGCGACGCAGGUUGGGCUGGGCCACCGGAAGGGCGCGCUGAGACCGGGCAUGGACGCCGAUAUCUGCGUCUUUGACGACCGCAGCACCUGGGUCGUGGGUAGGGAGGAGAUGCUGUUCCGGAAUAAGGUUAGUCCGUACCAGGGCAAGACGAUGACGGGCUGCGUGAGGGAGACGUGGGUGAGGGGCCACAAGGUGUUUGAGAGGGGUGCGGGGAAUGGGGGGUUUGUAGGGAAGGAGGGUCUGCCGGUCGGGAAGCUAUUGUUGGAGAAGAGGAAGGUGUAG